CGCAAAUGCGCACGCGUAGACGCAUCCAGCCCAGAGCGGCUCUCGGAACGCUGUUCUGGUCAUGGUUGUCCGGGUAACUAUGUGCUGAAGUUGGGGCUGACGUCUCCUGGAGGCACAGUACUUCCCGUCGGGAUGCUAAAGACCAGUCACCAUGAAGUGAACAUUCCAAGCAUUAUUCUUACACAAGUAGUAAAACUUUGGUGCUUCCUACGGGCAGACUUCAUGAGCAAGCCUCUUUCUGUACCGUGUUCUGAAGGUGCAAGGUGUAUCCUGUAAUACACAGAAACACUAAGUUAAUGACUGAAGAACAUACUCCGUUUAUAAUGGAGGACUACACCACCAGGACCUAUGGAACCGGAGGCCUGGACAACAGACCAUUGUUUGGGGAAACCUCUGCAAGGGAUAGAAUCAUCAACCUCAUUGUUGGUGGGUUAACGUCUCUGCUGGUCCUGGUAACAUUUAUCAGUGCUUUCGUUUUUCCCCAGCCGCCUCCAAAACCAGUGAAUGUUUUUUUUGCGGUUUGCAUAUUCUUAUGUUCAAUUACUGGUCUCAUACUGAUAUUUUGGUAUCGGCAAGGAGACCUGGAACCCAAGUUCAGGAAUCUGAUUUAUUAUAUAUUAUUUUCUAUAGUCAUGUUAUGUAUAUGUGCCAACCUAUACUUUCAUGAUGUGGGGAAAUGAAGCAUGGGGAAGAGGCAGCCAAUUCGUAGGACGCAUGUUUUACUUCAAUGCCACAGAGAAGACACAAGUUGGAAGAGACAUUUUCCUAUCCCUUUUAGAAAAGGGAGACCUACUGCCAUAAGACUUUUUUUUUUUUUUUUUUUUUUUUUAAACCGUUGUUG